GUCAUUCCAGUUUUUCCUUGACUCAACAAAACCAAACUUCAAGUUGACCUUCAUUUGACCUCACUACCUUUGUUAUCAAAAUUUCUUAUCAAAUUCUCUUAGAGCAUCUAGAAAUGUCCCCAAUAACAAACGUUGGGACCCAUUGCGAGAAAGUUUUGCCCAGCAAUAGGAUCAUAUAUUAUGAAUGACAGCUCAACAUUUUUUUUGUUCCUCUCACCAAAUAAUCUACCCUUGCGUCUUACAAGAACCAAGAGAAACCUCUACCGUUCAAGGAAGAUUGCACUUGCAUUAUCAUGGGAGACCCUACCGAUCUUCCAUUUACGGCCAAAACCAUCGAAACAGAUGCCGAUACUCUUUUUAUUGUAACGCACAUGACCAGGUGGACGUACACGUUAUUGGCUUUUCUUUGGCCCUCCCUCACUUCGUCCAUCCUAGAUCUUCACACCGUCAGUCCAUGUGCCGGUAGAUCUGUUUAAGCAAUACGCUGGUCUUUCCUUAUUCUCCUAUGCAGCAACAUCCAAACGCAAACAUUCUCGUGGCUUGGACUCGGUUGUGUGCGUCAUAUCUGGCUUGGCCAAGAACAAUACGUUCUCAGACAGUCUGCUCGGAAAUCCUUCGUCCAGUUAGGACAGUAGAUUAUCAAAUAUGUCCUUUGAACGCUCUUACCAGGAUUCGGUGGCUCUUUGGUCAAGAGCAAUUUCUUUUCGACGAAGUGGUAAAAAUGCCGAUUUGCGUAAAUCCAAGGAUCAGUUGUCAAUUCGACCAGAAACGAACUUGAAGACGAGUGAACAAAGUUGUGUAGUGAUAAUCAUCGCACAGUGCUAACUCGGUGUUCGUCCCGCAGACUUUAAUUUGCCAACUCAACUCAAGUGCUUUAUUUGGAUUCGGUUUACAAUUAUCCCAAUUCCUAGGGAAUUAACCAGUUACAGUGAUCCUAACCGUGCCCAAACCUUUCAGGACCCCAACGUUCCUCAUGUGCCCCUUCAUCCCUUCAUAUUCUCACUGCUAUCCUAAUCCUACUCAUUGUAUUUGACUUACCUUUCUAGGCGUUGAAGUCUCCCCAGUUCAAGUCGAAUUUUGAGUUGUCUUUCACACUUGCAGACACGUUAAUGUUGACCAAUGUAGCUGAAGGAGCGACACUCUCCCCAAGAUUCGAAAACGAGAAUUCCCAGUUGCGACGGACUAUUGACUGGUGGCUCAGAAUUUGCGCCUUUCUCUUGUGCUGUGCCCCGCAAAUCCCGGAAUAUCGUUCUUCAGGUCGCCGUUUGGCGUUUGCUCCGAAGAAUCAGUGGUGUCUGUGUGGAGCAGAGGAAACACUGUCGCCACGCGACAAACCCGUUGACAUUGACCUCCUCGAUUAAAGAUGGAACAGGUCCAGACUCAGUGGUGGUUCAGAUCGACGUGGGUCACCUUGAGUGAAGACCAUGACAUAUUGGGACUGACUGUUUAAAUAGAACAGUUGGUCUUGGGCUUUUGCCAUUGUCACUUCUCAGCAACUCAUUCUAGUCAUGAACAAGACUGCUUCCAUUCUGUUUUGCAUGUGCCUCAUGUUGGGUACGGUGCUCUCACAACAGAGUGUCCAUCACUUGGUUCCGAUACAUCAUAAGUCAUUGAUAGUUCAACGAGGGAGAAUGGAUCCCGUCAAAAGACGCCUGCACAAACGAAAUGUGGACUUUUCCGACUUUGAUUGGAUCAAAACCCUAGAUGGACUUUAUUCUCCGGAUACAUUCGUGGACCAGAUUGUCGUUGGAGCCAGUUUAACUACAUUCAGAACUGCCGGAUUUUUAAUUGCACAAUGGAUUUACUGCAAAUUGUUGGAUGCUUCGGUCGGUUCCAGUCGAACUGCUUUGGAGAGUUUAGACUAUCUCUUCAACACCGAUGCUUUUGUCGGCUCCAUCGGGCGAAACUUCCGGAACUACAGUCUCAUCUUGCUUGGUCGAUCGAUCUUUGACUUGGUUGUCUACGGUCCCAUUCGAACCAUUCAAGGCUUGACCCGGCGAUCCUUCCCCGAAGUCUUGGGCAUUGCCUUUAGUGAUGACAUCACUCAGGUCUUCUAUGGUCGUUUCGUGAUCGAAGGCAUCUCUGUCGCCGCAGGUUGGCUCCUUUGGGGAGUCAUUGGCAAUAUCAAUGAGGCUACCCUCAGACGCAAACGGAGGAGUGCUCAAGAGGAAGGCCAAAGGCUGGACGAGCCCGAUAUCAAAGUGCCCGAGUACUUGACCAAAGGCUUGGAGCGUGUCAUGAUGUCUCUCUAUGACGAUUCCACUGAUUUUUUCUAGUCAAACAAUCUUAGAUAUCAAAUUGCAAAUAGAACACUAUGAAAUUCA